UUCUUCUUCUUCUUCUUCUUCUUCUUCUCAUCCUCAUUCUUGUUCUACCAUCUACUACUACACCUCAUAACCACAUGUUAUGCGAUGAUUUCAAGACGAGCUUUGUCCAGAUAUAAGCGCAUUAUUCCCUGCCAAGAUUCAACUCCGCUCCCCACUCUAGAACAAACCAUACGGGAAUCUGCCACAGUUUCCGGUCGGUGUCGUUCGGCAUUACCGCUGAUAACGAUGCGUUAUCCUUAUCAGAUAUCACCAAUCACGCCUGGAGGGAGGGAUGGGAUGUUUUACAGGACCUGAGUAAGGGGCGUUAUAUCUGCACCAAAUCUCUCUCUCUGGUUUCCACGAUGCCACACGCUCUACCGCAGCUCCAACGGAUCGAUCGAUUUGAACCGACAAAGAUCAUACAGGCCAUCAUCGAUGAUGGAUGCUGUAUAAUUAAGAAUUUCACAGACAAGGAGACGGUCGAUGCAGUAAAUGCCGAUACCAGACCGUAUCUAGAUGCUGAUAAGCCAUGGAAGGGAGAUCUCUACCCUCCCGAGACUCGUCGCUGCACAAACCUCGGAGGCAGGAGCGUAAACGCACGCGAAAAAUGGAUCAUCGACCCUUUAAUCCGCCAGCUCACAGCGACGUUUGUCGAUAAGACAACGCAGAAUUACUACGGGUUGACCAAGCAUACGUAUACCAGCGAGGCUGUUGUCUCCGUUGCUCUGACGAUGGAAAUCGGCCCAGGAGCCAAAGCACAACGGCUUCAUCGCGACGACAAGAACUAUCACAUGGACCAUGAAGACCAGACAGAAACCGGAUAUCGCUUGGGCUCUGAUGUCGAGUUAGCGUUUCUGAUCCCCGGUGUAAAGACGACUUUUGAGAAUGGCGCAACGCAAGCUAUACCCGGGAGUCAUCUCUGGGGUUCCGACAGGGCACCCAAGGUCGAGGAGGUAUGCUAUGCGGAGAUGGAUGUGGGAGAUGCGUUUGUCAUGCUCGGUGGGACGUAUCAUGCAGGGGGAGCGAAUAUUACCCAGAAUGAGAAGAGGACUGUGCAUGGACUAUUUUAUGUCAGAGGGUAUAUGAGACAGGAGGAGAAUAUCUAUCUUGUCAAUAAGCCCGAGGAUGUUCUGACUUGGAGUCCGGAGGCGCAGAAGGUGCUUGGAUACUCUGUCUCGAGUCCGAAUAUUGGAUUUGCUGAUUUUCGCCGGCCCAUUGAUUAUCUGAGGGGGGAUACUACGGAUGAUUUUAUUGGUGAUCUGGAUCCGUCGCAGGAGCCGAGUAAGAGUGAAGCGUAGGUAGGUAGUUGCUAGAUAUUUCCCAAAUAGGGAAUCACGCAACUUGACCCAAGUUCAGUUAUGCUGUAAUGUGUCCACCGCAUCGACAAAAACAGAAAAUGAGAAAGUGAGGAAGUAAUUUUUCUUGGAGGACACUGUAUUUUGUAUCACGAUUGAUGGGUUUUCUGACUCCCUAACGCAGAUCCCUUGGCUGGUCAUCCUGGGCCUCCUGGGCGAGAUCGAAUUGGCCUGCCAUGCCACUCCGCUGAGACCGUCCUCUACAAGCAGCAGAAGCGUCAAUAGCUUCGUUUCCUUUCUCCUGCAGAAAAUCCAUUGUCAGUAUUACCGAAGACCUAGGUAGUAA